CUGUGUGACGCCUAAUAACUUUCCGAGCACAUUGAGGUCAAUCAAGCCUGUGCAUGCACGUGGUUACGAUGAUCACAUACGUCAUGUGUGGUGUUACAUGAGACUGAACGGCGGCUAAUUUUUUUAUGUUAUUAAUGAAAACAUGUUUACAGUGAUACGCGUUUAAUUGUCAACGGUGAUAUUUGUAUUAACCAAGGUCAGGAACGCUGUAACACGGGUACCUAUUAUAGUGGGUUUUGGUGUACACGUGACCGUUUGACCACUUUCAUAGUUUACGAUAAAGGGAUUUGUGAAGAUGAGGACACUUAAGAAUAGACACAUGAAAUUAUGUGCUAUGUUCGUAUUGUCAUUGGUGAUAGUAUCUUGGAUGUAUAUUCAUCGGAACGCCGACUACAUGAAUUGUCCUUGUCCAGAAGUGGAACUAUUUAAACAACAAGGUGGUCAUGGAGUAAUCGUCACUGCAGACCCAGAAAGGAAACAAUUUGAAAAAGAAAGUAGUCAAGAACGAAACUCUAGUGAAGUAUCCAUAAUUAUGUGGAGGGCUAAAUAUGUCCACAAAAUGUGUGAACAGAUUAUCUGGAACGCCUCCUACGUUCAUGCAAGGACUCCCGUCUUCUUUUACUCAAAACCAAAUGGUCUACUUGCCUGUAAGUCACCUAAGACAGGGAGUACGUUCAUGGGUGCAUUGAUCAGGGCGCUCAAUCAGCCCAGUAUUGACAAAGUCUCCGGCAUGUUUCUGUUAGGAAGAAACAAAAUCCAUAAUGGUUUGCACGAAGUAUGGGACAUACUGGCGGCUGAACCAAUCAAACAGUCGACAUUGACAGGGAUGAUAACACGUGACCCAUAUUCGCGGCUGUUUUCAACUUUUGUAGAUAAAUAUUUCCUCCUAGGACGGCUCGGCAGGGAAUUAGCUACUUACCUCAAACGAGGGUUUAGAGAAGACAGAAACAAGUAUUGUGGAUACGAUAUAACGUUUCAGGAAUUUCUGGAUUAUGUUGUGUUUCUAGCUCAAAGUAUGAAGGAGUUAAACGAACAUAUGGUCCCCGUAUCUCAACUCUGUGACGUCUGUAAUAUGAAAUAUGACCUUAUUUGUCGACAGGAGUCUCUGUCGGAAAGUAUAUCAGAAGUAUUAAGACUUACUAAGAAUGUAACCAGCAGCAGACUGAAUGCUAUCCGUAAGUCCAUCAAUACUACUUCACCAUACGCAUCAAUGCACUCUCUGAUUUCCUCGCACAUAUUUGAUUACAACAACCAUCGUCAAGAUUGUCCUAAUCAAUUGUCUUUUAUGAGGAAAAUGUGGAAAGCGUUUCAAGUUCAAGGACUAGUUAAUUCUGUUAUAAAAUUUCCAGAGGGGAUAUUUGCACGAUUUUUGUUCGUUGAGAAGGAAGCUCAUGCUAUAACUUCUGCCAUUUUACAAGUAAUACAGUCGAAUCCAUUGUCGAAAAAACAAAGACAGCAGCAGAGAUUGUCAGCUCUGACGAUUGCAUACCGUAAUAUAAGGUGGCAGACUAUUUUCAAUUUACAAAAAGUGUUUAAAUUGGAUUUUCUGUUGUUCGGCUACUCAAAUUAUCCACCUGAUAUGUAUAAUAUCACCCAAACAACAAAUGGAUAUAUUUGACAUUUUUAUAUCCAUAUAAUUACAUUUUAUAUAGUACGCUGAUAUAAUGAUUUUUUGUUUUGUUCUGUUUUUGUCUCGGCGCCACGAAGUAGCAGAGGCGAGACUAAGGUUUUGCUUUUCCGGCUACGGCGGCGUCAACAUUAUUUUUUUUGCGUUUAAGUUAGUUCCACUAAAAGUAUAAGUUCUAGACCAACCAAACUUGGACCAUAGAUGCAUCUUAGGUAGUACAUUGUUCCUCUGAUCACAUGUAAGACUUGUUGGAAUUUUUUAAAAUGUUUGGCGAUUGAAGCAUCGGGUUCAAACAGUAAUGCCAACUCCUACCAUUCUGUUAGUAAUGUUUGUGCCAUAAUAUGAAAAGGCAAAGCCUUAAAAGAGCGAAGCUUCUGUUGAUCUCUGAUAUUUACUGAUUCAGAAUGAGAUAAUACUGCUUUUCAGAAUGAGGCAAGAUAAAUUUUAUUAAAAGUCGGCUAGUCGAGGGAUAACAACAAAACAUAAACUCUAAUGAGAUUAAGACC